AUGCAGGUUAAGCGUCGAACAUCACUUCUGCCGAUCUCCACGUUGAUUCGCAUCAAAAAGAAGACCAAGUUGCACACAGAGGAACUACAACAAAUGUAUGAGCGCUUUUGCAAGCAGUAUCCUGGCGGAACCGCUAACCUGGACCAAUUUAAGGAUGUCUAUGAGACCUUCUAUCCUGGUUCGCGAGUAACAGAAUUUUCACAAUUAAUUUUUCAAAAUAUUGAUGCCGACUCGAAUGGGAACGUUACCUUUGAGGAGUAUUUGUGCGCCUUUGUAAUGAUUAACCGGGGUUCGCCUGAACAGAAGAUUAAUUGGAUAUUUAAUUUAUAUGAUGCAAACAAUGAUGGUUUAAUAUCUUCGGAAGAAUUUCUCCACCUGCUUCAGUCAGCUUGCUGUUACGUAUUGGUUGAUUCCAUACGAGCAGCCAAGGUAAUGAUGGAGAAUUCGGAGAACCCGGCCGACAGCUAUGAACGCGAAUGCAUCAGCAGCGGUGUGUCCUGCAUGCGUUAG